CUAUAUAAGUAAACAUUGAUUGAUUGAUUGAUUGAAAUUAAUGAAGCGUUCGUACGCCGAGACAUUGUUCGCACACAGGGGUAUACUGUAUUUGGUGUGAAGGCUUGUAGACUGAAAAGGUUGAAAAUAGAGGCGUUUGUAAAUUGAGGUUCCACUCUAAUUGCAAUUUGAAACAACUUUUAAGAAUUUUACUACGAUUUAUCAUUAUUAUUACACUAAUCAUUACAUCUCUGGAUGCAACAAAUGAGAAGUAAAAGUGGGAAAUUCUACCACCUCAAAAAUUAAAUGCUACAUCUCACGGGGCUAUCAGUAAAUUCUAAUCAACUCCCAACACUUUUUACUUGGAUAGUACUCUAGAUAAUUAUUGUGUUAAUAAUCAUAACAGUCCCAAUUAUACACAAGACUAAGCUUUUAGGCAAAAUGAAAAUAUCAACACAAUUAUUUUGUAACAAUAGUAACACAAUUAAUUAUUCCUUGUAUAACGUACAAAUGUUUGAGCCAAAAUAAAAACUCAAUAGCGCAAAAUAUGUACAAAAACUAAUAUUGAAUCCAAUUAAAAUCCUUUGCCGUUUUGCCCCCGAAGUCCUUCAUCGUCCUAUGAGUCAUUUACAUUGAACAAAACACCAAUAUUCUCAUCACACUAGUAUAAAUCCAAUACAGAUACAACCCAAGUAUUGAUAAUAUUGAUAUUUGGAUCCAUCCACCUGUAAAUAGAAACAUCACAAUAGCUGCAUGUUACAUUCCAGCUGUAAAAAGCCUACUUGUGGUUGACUUGUGUUUUUGGUGUGUUGUUUUCCCCCACUUGUACAUGUACACUCCUGAGAAAAAUCUUGUGAACAAUAUUAAGAUUAUGAUUAAAGUUAUUGUGUGGGAGGUUAUAGGGGCUAUAUUAAAAAAAUUACACUUUAUUCACUAACCUUAUUGCAAAAACAAGUAACUAAGCAUAAUGCAUGAUAUCCAGUUACAGAAAACACGACAAAACACAAAAUUACUUAAAUUCAGAAUGGCUAAUAUCAUCUUAUACUAAGCCAACAACUGGGAAGAUUUAAAUUUCAUGUAUCUGUAUUUCUAAAAAAAGUAAAAAUGAUUAAACAUAUUGAGUAAUGUACCAACAUGAGCAUGUUAAAGAAAAAGGUACAGUACAAGCAGUGAUGUUUACAAGUAAGCCUGGAGGAUAUAUUGUUGUUAUCGAUUUAUUCCAAAAGCUUCCUCAAAAGCUUGCACCUUACUUCCUUCACAGCACACCUACUGUGGCAAAAUAUGGCUAAAACUAACAAGAGUGAGAUGUUUGUUACAAAGAAAAGUGUUGUCAGUACUGUGGUUUUGCUGCAACUGGCGUGGGAGAAAUGACUGCACAAUUCAAAGUAAAUUUAAAAAAGGUAACAGCACAACAAACUUAUUCCUGCAUUAGAAACUGAAGCCUUCAGUCGAGCGCGGGAAAUACAACUGUUUACAAGGCGGACAAGACGGCAAAAACAAACAAACUACAAUACUAAAAAUCAGCCUACUGUGGUGGAAUCAUUUUAUGAUACCAUGUAUGAUGAGAAAGAAGCACAGUGGAGAACGAUAACCAAAGCAGUGGCUCUGCACAAUGCCAAGAUGUGCGAAUGAAAAAGCCUACGUUUUUACACUUCAGUCUUCUCAAUGUUUUACUUGAUUAUUUUUUUGCAUAGCAUGUACCAUACAACAUUUUUAUUUACAGAAGUAUUUUAUUCAAGACAGAUGUUUUAAGUUUUCACUAUAUUAUGUUGAAGAUAAUUAUUUAGUUGCAUGCAAUGUUAAAUGCUACAUUUUUGUCAACAGAAGUAUUGCUUCCCACAGGAAGCUCUAUAUUUAGUUCAAUUAAAAUUAUUCAAUUAAAAGUAAACAUUUUGAUUGGUUUAAAAAGAACAUCAUUAUUCAAAAUAUAAUUAUGCUAAAAGUGAGAUGCCAUGUAUGAAGUGUUAUUUCAAUAUACUAGUUUUUGAUCAAAUAAACAAAUAGCUUGUUUUGAAUUAUUUACGUCAUUUGUAUUCAAUGGUUUGAUUAAAAAGUAGAGGAAAAAAUCGUAAAUUAUAUAUUUUGUGAAAAAAUCAGAGAUAGAAGUUUUAAGCCCAGGCCUAUAUCCAAGGUACAAUAAAUCCAAUUGUAAUAUAUAGUGUGAGUCCACUUUAUUUGUUGGAUCUAAAGUCUCCUUUGAUGCCUUCAUCUAACUGUACACACAUGAUCCACAAUUCGUAGUAUCCAGCCGUCAUGGAGGAUCACGCUGUUCACCAGGCGGAGCACAUGACCACCAUCGAGGCCAGCGCCGUCAGCCAACAGGUGCAUGUGACCACCUUUGGCGACACAUCCAUGAUGAGCGCAGAUGAGGACUCUACUUCCUCACCUGAUGACGACCCCUACGAUGACACAGACAUCCUCAACUCGGCCGGGAACGAUGAGGUGACCGCCCACCUUGCAGCUGCAGGUCCCGUCGGCAUGGCUGCAGCUGCCGCCGUAGCAACUGGCAAGAAAAGAAAGAGGCCUCACAUCUUUGAAUCCAACCCUUCCAUCCGCAAGAGGCAGCAGACACGCCUCCUCAGAAAGCUGAGGGCCACACUGGACGAGUACACAACCCGAGUGGGUCAGCAGGCCAUCGUGUUGUGCGUCUCUCCAUCCAAGCCCAACCCAGUCUUCAAGGUGUUUGGUGCUGCUCCUCUGGAGAAUGUGGUGAGGAAGUACAAAGGCAUGAUACUGGAGGACCUGGAGAACGCCCUGGCGGAGCACGCCCCCGCCGGGGGAGAGUUGGCCUCCGAGCUGCCCCCCCUCACCAUUGAUGGCAUCCCUGUCUCUGUGGACAAGAUGACACAGGCCCAGCUCAGAGCCUUCAUCCCGGAAAUGCUGAAAUACUCGACGGGCCGGGGCAAGCCCGGCUGGGGCAAGGAGAGCUGCAAGCCCAUGUGGUGGCCCGAAGAUAUCCCCUGGGCCAACGUGCGCAGUGACGUGCGUUCCGAGGACCAGAAACAGAGGGUGUCUUGGACGCAGGCACUGCGGACUAUCGUAAAAAAUUGUUACAAACAGCACGGUCGUGAGGAUCUGUUAUACGCCUUCGAGGACCAGCAGAUCACCACCACAACCACCCAGCACCACCUAACCACCGCACAGAGCAUCGCCCACCUGGUCCCGACUCAGACGGUGGUGCAGACCAUCAACAAUCCCGACGGCACAGUCUCGCUCAUCCAAGUCGGUACGGGCCACACGGUCGCAACGUUAGCCGACGCCUCAGAGCUGCACGUCAACUAUUCCACGGUGGCGGACGGCGAGGUAACAACACGGCAGUCGCAUUGUAAGGACUCUUGGAGACAGGUUCCGAUAAAAAGCGCCUACCGUCUCUUCGAGGUGGAGUCGAAUUGGGCCACCCUGCAAGGCGGCGAGAUGACAAUCCAAACCACGCAGGCCUCAGAAGCCACGCAGGCGGUGGCCUCACUGGCUGAGGCCGCCGUCGCCGCCAGCCACGAGAUUCCAACAGGAGCCACCGUCACGAUGGCGCUCAACAGUGAGGCGGCGGCCCAUGCAGUAGCAACGCUGGCCGAGGCCACCCUCCAAGGCGGGGGUCAAAUCGUCCUGGCCGAGACGGCAGCCGCUGUUGGUGCGCUAGCGGGCGUUCAGGAUGCAACAGGUCUGGUCCAGAUCCCUGUUAGCAUGUACCAGACAGUGGUGACCAGCCUGGCGCAAGGCAACCGGCCCGUGCAGGUCGCCAUGGCGCCGGUGGCGACGCGCAUCGACAGCACGGUGACGCUCAACGGUCAGGCGGUGGAGGUCGUAACCCUGGAGCAGUGAUGCACCCCUCUUACUGUGUACAAAUUGCUUUUCAAUUCCAGCCAUCAUCCUGGGGUUUAGGUAUUUAUUUCCUCUUUAACUUUGAACCAACCAAAACUGCUGAACCUGCACUCCUUUCCUCUGUGCUUGUAAUCAUCAUCACCAUGACGACAAAUUACAGCUCUUUGAUGUGUGCUCAGGAAGUACAGCAAGUCUUUAUUUUUACGUCGAUGAAUUGCUUAUUUGCAGUAAAGGCAGGCUUACGAUAUGACUCCAAAAUACAAAAUAUUUUUAUGUUUUAGCCUUUCUAUCCAUAAUGUAUUUUGAGCAUUCUUAUUGUUACCAAUCCACUUGUCUGAGUGUUGUACAGAUUGUAAUUCCCUGUGUGGAAUACUUGUCUUGUUUUGUUUACAUGUAACAUUAAAGUUAUAAUAAAAUGAAAAAAACUAAGAUAA